AUGGGAGAUAAGUGGGGUGAUCUGUUAGCAACAGACAAGCUUGAGCUUGCAGUCCUCUACUUCAAAUCCAAAGAAUACGAAAAGGCUCUCAAACUUUACAAUGAUCUCGUUCAAAACUACACAAAUAUAUCAGUGGCAUCGCUUCAAGAGCUUCGAACACAACUCUAUGGGCUAACAAAAACACCCGUGGAAGGGCCUGUGAUACACCCAAAGCUAGGUACUGUCUUGGACCAAAGAGCCGCUACCUAUGAAAAAAUGGGGCAGACUGAUAGAGCAUUAAAAGACGGAUUUCAGCUAACCAAAUUGGAACCUAUUGGUUGCAAAGGCUACUUGCGAGUGGGAAAGAUUCUUAUGCUAUUAAACAGGGAGUGGGAAUCAUACAAGUGGUACCAGAAAGGUGUUUCGAAAAUAGAAAAGGCGAUAAAAGAGCACAAGAUUGAAGUUCCCCAUAAACUUUUCAAAAGCUUGAAAGACAAAUAUUUGGAAAUGAAAGAGUUGGUAGAAAGUACACAGAUACCAAGUGGUAAAAAUAAGGUAGAAUACUCAAAUCAGUCAUUGGGCAUGAGGAGAGAGACUACGAGCUCGGCUAACUCAAAUACAGCAUCAACUAUUGUACGCGCAUCCACCCUACCCAGUGGCUCUUCCACUACAGAAAAUCCGUUCAUGCAUUUUCCAUCUGAGAUUCUUCAGAUCAUCUUUCAGUUCAUCCCCUUUAAACAAUUACUCUCAUGUCACCUUGUGUGCAAAAAUUGGUAUUCAAAAUUGACCCAGAUUCCAGUUUUAUAUACAAAAAAGGUCAAUUUCAAAGUCCAGAUAACUCUGGAGGAGUUUCUGAGUGGAGUGGCUCUAUUGAAGAAAGUUCUUCGAUGGACGAACCUCAAGAUGCUCCAUUCCUUCCGGUUAAGAUCAUCACUCAAUUCAGCACAUCUCAAUAAGAUCAUCUCUACAAUCAUCACUGAGCCAUCAUUUUCUUUGAGAUCUCUCGAGAUAUUUGACCCCAGCUUUAGCUUUCAGUUAUUUUUAUCUAAACUAAUAAGAUUUGGCUGGAAAUUUAAUAACUUGAAGUCGGUGGAAAAUCUAAGGUUCGGAAUAAAUUCAUCGAUAAGACAUGAAGAUAUCAUUUUUGAACUAUUCAAAAAGCUCAAAACAUUUACCAUAUUAGUAUUGUAUCCGGAAAUGAGUGGAAAGUUCAAUGAUUUAGUGAAUCAAAAUGAUAUUCGCUUCAAGAAACUAUUAAGUGAAAUCAAACAUUCCGAUUAUCCAUCCCUAGAAUCAUUAAUCUUGAUAAAUCACCCGAAGUUGUGCAAGGAUGCGCUUGGUAUUUUCCCUAAUUUUGAGUCUUAUAAUCCAUAUCCGAUGUUCUUGAACAAGACAUUUUCCAACCUCCAAGAACUUACUAUCGUCUCAUUUGACUUCAAGUUUCAGCUUCCUGCCUUGGGAGAGUUUUUCUUGAGAUCUCCCAAGUUGAACAGACUUACAUUCGAAAACAAUGCCCACUUUACACUAUUUGAAUUCUUCCAAUUAUUGAAAAAUUAUAAUCCAGAAUUCAAGCUCAACAAUUUAACAUUUCGAGAGCUAUCUAAUACUGGUUCCAGUAGUUUAAAUGAGUUUCAGUUGAAUGACCUAAGCCAAUUAAACGAGCUUGCUCUAUUGGACAUUAAUGGAUGUUCACUUUCGUGCAAAGGAUUCCUAAGAUUAUUGAAAAUUAUAAACAAAAGCCGAACCAUUACCUCACUACUGAUAGGGAACUCCAAGUACUUGAAGUUUAAGACUGACACAUUCUACAAUAGAGAGGCCACUAGAUCCAUCUUGUCUUUAUAUGACUUAUUGGUGGAAGUUCCAGAAUUAACCCAGUUGGAUUUACACAAUUUGGAACUCGAUAAUCAGUCAAUGAAGCAAUUCAGUAAGGACAUAAAGAGAUUUGGUUAUCGCAAUUGCAAGUUAACUACUCUCGAUAUGAGCUUUUCCAAGAUAGAAGGAAUAGGACUAAUUGAUUUGUUUGAAGCCUUCCCUUCUAUGAUGGCGAAAAGAGAGCCUGGUUUCUAUUUUGUUGUGAGCAGGCUUAUAAUAGAUGGUAUGGAGAUUAGCAAAAGUACUUUAGACCUUUUGGUUAAGAAUGGAUACGUUGGAGAGUUAAGGAACAACUUAAAUAAGCAAAGAUGGCAAGAAUUUGGAGUGAAUUCAAUGGUGGUUAGUUGA